AUGUUCAUCAAUUAUAGCAUGUGGCUGACCGAGGGGCAGGGGCGCGGGACCAACGAGAACAAAAUUGUCCACACUGCGUUUUUGUGUUUGUUCUCUCGUUCUGGUUUCCAAGCGCAACAAGGUGGUACUGUGGCUUUUGCAGUCAACGUAGGUCAACAAUUCUCUGGACUGGCUCUAAAUAAUUGCUGCAACACAUCGUGUCAAUGCAAAAAGGCACUGGCUGAUGCCACUGCAUCGUCACCAGAUAUUUCCACCUUUUACUCCAAAAUUUUGGAGUGCAAAAAUGAAAUGAUUCAAUCUUUUACCUUCAUUUCUGAUUCCAACAAUAACAGUGGCACAAAUGGGCCUCGUAGUGACGACACUGCUGCGGCUAGAGAUAUAUUGUCCUCCAACUUUGGAGACUCCCUUGCGGAAACAGCCCAGAAAUGCAAUGGCCCUGUUUGCAAACGAUUGGUCCCCUGGGAUGAAGUUAAGUUGUCCUUGCCAAAAGAUAUCUUACUGCUCCCCAACCUGUCAACAAGGUAA